AGUCUUGAAAAACACUUGAUCAUCAUAGCCGGUGAACAGUUUGUUGGAAAGUUUAACAAAGUUAAACAAAAGUGAGAUCACUAUGGAUUAUGUCCCAGCCAGGAGAAAGAGCUGCUCUGAACAGAGCAGUGGAGCAACUGCUGCUGUGAACGGUAAGAAAUUAUUUUCUGAGUGUGUUGAAAAGUGAAGAUGUGAUCAGUUUAUGUCUGGUUUAAUGACUAUGUAAAAAGGAAUGAAAAUAUAACUGAUGUUAUUUGAUAAGCUUUCACUUUAUUCUAUUAUUUUACAGACCAUUUACUAAACUUUUGAGUUUCAAUGUAUGAUAUCUGCUUUGCUAAAUUUAUGGGAUGUAUUUUCAUAGACUGUAUAUACAUAUACUAUAUACAGUCUAUGGCAGUGGUUCUCAACUGGUGGGUCCCGACCCAAAAGUGGGUCGUGGACACGUUCUGGAUGGGUCGCGAACAGCUGGUCAAAAAAGUAAAUAUUUAAUGUGCAUCAGAUGUUUGACAUGUCUUUUAUUUUGAAAAAUAGCUUAUUUUGAAAGGCACACAUUAUGUUGUGGUCCUCCUCGGUUUCUUAUUAGUAUGGCCUGAAGGCAGUAAAAAUACAGAAUUUUUUUAGGUCUUUAUUUCGUGCAAUUUGAUAUUUAUUCACUUUUGUCCAUGCUGUUGCACGGUCUUUCUCAGGUUCUUCUGAAUAUGCUCUGAAUGCAGAGAUGCAAUUAAGUCAAAUUCUUCAUUUUGCUGGUCUCCAUUUUGUGCAAUUUUGAUAUUUUCUGUAUAUGCAACUUCACUAGUUGUCGCCCUCUGAAAUGUACUGUACUCAAUAAAAUGGGUGUAUUUAUGUUAAAGAUUUGAUUCUUUAAAGGUUUUUUUUUAUAAAAAAUAAAAUUGCUUGGUUUGAAUUUUAUAAAAGUGGGUCGCAACUUAAGGACUAUGGGAAAAUGUGGGUCCCAGAGUGAGACCAGUUGAGAACCACUGGUCUAUGGGAUAACCUCACUUUUGGCCUGCAAAAAAUGCAAAUGUUUCCAGACAACUAUGUUUGUUUCAUCUGUUUGAUUCCUUCAAUCAGGGAUGAAACUCUUCAGAGUGGUUGCUGUGAGCUUUGGACUCCUCUGUAUCCUACAAGUUGUGCUCAACAUUUCACUGCGAUUUGCUCACAGUAAGUCGCUUCACUCUUAAAAAAUGUUAAAAAAAAAAAAUGUCCACCCAGAUGCUAGGUUGAGUCUGUUGGGUCAUUUUUCUGGGUUAUUUUUGUGCAACCCAGCUGUUGAGUCACAUUCGCAAUCUCCUGCGUCAACCUAGCUGCUGGUCAGACACGGCCCUAUAUUCAAAAAACAACCCAGCUGCUGAGUUCGCUGGUUUUGACCAUUAAGGACAAGUGAAGCCGGUGGUUAUCUUCGUUAAGACUCCUACUUCUGUGGAUGACAAAUUGUUACCCUUGUUGAAUUUUGCUAGGUUGUCAGCAUAGUAAUUGUAUGCAGUACACUAAAGUUAUUUUAACCCUCCUCCUGUGUUAGAGUCUGCACCGACCCGUUUUUGAUUUUAAAUAUUUAAAAGAAUCGCUUAAAUUAGUUUUUGUGCAUCAAGACUUUUUGGCUUUGUCAGGAAAUUCUAUUUCAACAAAAUAAAAAUAAAAAAACUAAAUUGACCAAAUUAUAAAAUGCUCUUAUUGAAAUUAUGGCACUAAUAGAGGAUAAUAGAGAAUUGUUUUGAGUGUAAUUUACAGCUGAUUCAAGACACGUGACAAAACCGACCCUUGACACGGUGGGUGCCGUAGUAAAAGCUAACACAGGAGGAAGGUUAAGAGCAUAAAAUUUUUCCAAAUGUUAUUACAUAUUUCUAUGAUUUCUAUUGUCAAAUCUUCCAUUUUUUUAGUGUAUGUGUUUCAAAUGAGUGUUUCAAAAAAGUUGAUAUUGGGGUUAUUACAGGUUUUUUAAAGACUUUAAAAAAACCCAAGUGGAUAAGCGAGAGAAAAUGGAUGGAUAUCAAGUAAUUUUACUGUUUAUUUACCUCAUAAAAGGUCUUAAAUUGAUGAGGUAAAAUCAACUCAUAUAUGUGGUAGAAUAAAUCCAGCAUAGUGGUUCAUAUAACCCAUCUUGCUGGGUUAAAUUAACCCAGUGUUGGUUUCGUCCAGUAGUUACCCAGCCUUUUUUAGAGUGUUGAAAUGUCAACUCUGUUGUGUUGGUUCUUUGAAACUUUCUCCUUUAUCCAUUUCUAAAAUUAACCUGAUAACGUCCACUGUGAGCUACUGUCACUGUGGUCACAAGAAAUGACACUCACUUCCUUUAAAGGGCUGCUGAGUGUGUUUGUGUUAUUUAUUUUAAUCAGAGGGAAGAUAGCUUUGACGUUAGGUCUGUGUAAAUAUAACGAAGAGUAUGGUCUAGACCAGCUCUUUCGAGUGUUUGUUGCUAAUUGGUGCCAUUUGAAUCAACAGAUAUUGAUUGAUUGAUGUGAAUACCUUAUUGAAAGUUUUCAUCCAGUUCAGUAAGAUUCAGUGAGAGCUGCUGUUGAGUUUUGGUUGGUUCUAAUUUAGAAAAGAUCACAAGGCCUCACCUCACUUUUAGAAUUUCCCCCUGUGGGACUAAAACAGGUACAUCUUAUCUCUCUUCUUCAUAUCUGACUCAUAGCUGUGAGAUGAGGUGAGAAGAGGAUGUGACCUUCUAGCUGGUUGACGCUUCAUAUUUUGUCCUUAUCAAUAAUGAAAUUAAACCAAAAAGUUCUGCAUACACCAGUUCAUAGAGACGCACUUCUGUCACCACAUCAAAGUGUCCUGAUAGAAAAUAGUGGACCCAAUAUCAAUAAAAAAAGAUUUAAAGAAAGAAAUGGAAAAAUGUUGAUUUUGUUGUUGUUGUUGUGCUUGAAAAGUUAAUUUUUAGUUUCUGCUGUUUCAGACAUUUCUGAUGACGUGGGACCAGAUCCGGAGUCUAGCUAUCAAAACCUCACAGAGAGAGAGCAGAAUAACUUUAGUAAGUAUGAGGAUGAAGCUCCUCUUUGCCCUGAGAAAUGAAAAACAAUAGAAAUGAAAGAAAAUAGACAUUAUAAAGACCAAAGGCUGUGUCAGAAUAAUGUGUAUAAAUGUAUAUAGAAGUUAUCAUCUUACUCAAAUUCUUAUGUAAGAGUUGCUACAAGUAUGAACUGUUUUAACCUCUUGUUACACAUCAUAUAAGAGUGUUUUCUAACUCUUAUGUUUCUUAACUUCUCUGUGACCUUGUUUCUCCUAUCAGCAGGUGUGUGUGUGUGUGUGUGUGUGUGUGUGUGUGUGUGUGUGUGUGUGUGUGUGUGUGUGUGUGAUGUAUCCUCCACUGUGAAUCGUGGGAAGUAAUGAGGAGGAUCCGCUCCUAUCAGAAGGAGCUCGUUUAAUAUCACCAAUGUUGGCUUGACCCUCACAUAUUUUCUGUUGUUCAUAAUUAUGCUUUAUGAGAGUGCUUACGUUGCUGCACAUAUUUUUCCCCCACCCUUUAAAAACAUUGUGUAACCAGGGACAACCCUAAAUAAAAGAGACGGGACAGAAACCACCUUCAGAGUGGUUUUGAGAUUGUACCUGAUACUAUCUCUGUCCAUUCUCCUCGAGUAUAUACCAUUGUCUUUCUCUUCUUUAUAUGUUAUCAGGUAUUUGGGCAGGUUUUGGACCCAACAGGCUGAUAUAAUUACAAACUUUACCCUGUGAUAAACUGUUUUUGUGUGCUGGCCUGUGUGUUCAGUAUAAAUUAAUAUUAACUCACUACAGGCAGAUAAGGACAAUCUACCAGAGGGGACAUUGGAAAAAUGUUGAUUUUGUUGUUGUUGUAAUUUUAUGCUUGAAAAGUUAAUUUUUAGUUUCCGCUUUUUCAGACAUUUCUGACAACGUGGGACCAGAUCUGGAGUCUAGCUAUCAAAACCUCACAGAGAGAGAGCAGAAUAACUUUGGUAAGUAUGAGGAUGAAGCUCCUCUUUGCCCUGAGAAAUGAAAAACAAUACAAACGAAAGAAAAUAGACAUUAUAAAGACCAAAGGCUGAUAUAAUUACAAACUUUACCCUGUGAUAAACUGUUUUUGUGCACUGACUGGCCUGGCUAUAAGAACUAUAAGAAUCUCUUUUAUUAGUUAUUGAUAGACUAUAAGCAAACUGUGUGAGCACUACGUCUAGGACUGUUAAUGGAUAUCAUAGUUUUUUUUCUGAAUUAUCAUCAUUGUUAUUUGAUGGUAAACUCUAAUGGUCUUUUUGCUCUUCUCCACCUCAGACAAAUAUUUUCAAGAAGGAUGGGUGCAUUUCUAUUCCAGUCUUUAUUACAUUUCUCCUAUAAAGACAUCCUGGCAGAAAAGUAGGAACGACUGUCUUAGUCGUGGUGCAGACCUGGCAAUCAUAAACAGCAGAGAAGAGCAGGUGUGUGUGUUUGCCACUGUGUGAAUAAGCAGGAAUUUGAGUUUCAGAGAGACAAUAAAAACAGAAAAGUUCAUCAUUCAAUGAUUUUAAUGUUCGCUAAAGGUGCUUGAUUGUUAACAAAUGGUUUUUUUUAGAACUUUCUGGGAAAAAUCAACAGAAUGAUGUGGAUCGGACUGACUAGAGAAAGGAAACAAGACACGUGGGUGUGGGUGGAUGGAAGUCCUCUUAACCAAAGGUUUGAAUGUUUUUCUAUUGCUUUCAUAAGAUUAAUUUUAAAUCUGGAGCACUGACAACUUCAUAACUAAAUAUUCGGCACUUUGUAUCCUACAAGCAAGCUGCUCAUCAACCAUCUCAGGUUUUUCUUUUAUAUAUACAAGUUUCUAAUUUAAUUGUUUUAUUUUUCAGUUAUUGGGAUGUCGGGGAACCCAACAACUAUCAAGGCAAAGUGGAGGAUUGUGUAGAAGUAAACCACGAAGACGCUGAAAACAGCUGGAACGACAGACAAUGUAAGGAUCUGAACUUAUGGAUCUGUGAGAAGACUGUUGCUUUUUAACUCCACAUUUUGAACCCCUGCAUGGGAGCCACAGAGCACCAAUCCUCUGGUUCAAACACAUAUAGGCUACACACAUUGUCUAUAAUGUAGAGAUUUCUUCAGAUUUUAUGUAGUUUCUGAAGUCCACUCGUGUUCAGCCUUGAACAAAUGUGGUCUUUGCACCACAUGCCAAGAUAUCCCAGCAGGUACUUUUUAAGGCAUGGCACAACUUUUUCCAGUCUUCUUAUGCUGUAGUUCACGUGUAUAGUGCAUGGUUUAAUGUAUAGAACAUUUUUAUUGCAGUUUAUUGAUUUUAUUCAGCAGCUUUAAUAAUUUACCAUGAAUAUUUAGAUUUUUUUUGUAUAAAAUUCGAAGUCAGGGCGGUCAAUACCCCACUGUGCUUGUGGGUUUACCUGACACUCCUGUGUUCACAACACAAUGCUUUUAUAUAUGGACAAUUCCCUUGAGUUUAGUGUACAGAGAUGCCUACUUUUAGUCUAGGGUUCAAAAGAGGCUCAAAAGUCCCUUACAGACAACAGUGGGACGGCCCCAGGUCCCCAUAGACUCAGCGAGAAAUCUCUAUUGUAGAUUUUUGAUACCCUUGGUUCAGGCUACAAACUUGUUCAUUGUUCAUAUGUUUACCCUCCAACAGAAGAAAAGAGACAAGUGAAAAGUGCUUCAUUUUACUACUGUAACUUCACUUGAGAAUUUAUGUCUAUGUCUCGGAGAAGUAUGCAGAUAUUCUAUACAGUUGAUUUGUUCAAUAUUUGUAAAAUGUUUAUGGAAUAUUGAUAUGUGAAAUCAAUAAAAAAGAAUUAAAAAGAAA